AGCAGCUGCUGAACAGCCCAGACAUUGCGCAGGAUACAGUAUAGCUGGGGAACGGCGAGAGAGUUACGGUAGUUUUCCUCGCACUUGAGUUGGUAUAGUGCAUGAAAUAAAUGACUCUUUGGAAAAAGCUCAUGUGUUAGGGCAGGGUUUUGUCGGAAUAACGCAAAAAUGGAUGAAGUUGCCAAACGUAAGUAACCUGGGAAAAUGUAUGGCUGUUUAGUGCAGUCAACAGUAGGCAACAAAUAUGGCUUCGUGUGCCUUUUCCUAUUUGUUAUAAAAAAUUGCUGUCCCAUGCCAUUAGAUGUCAUGGCUGUUCUGCUGAAUUCAUACAAGUGACAAUUAGGAAGUUAGUUCCUUGUUCGCUUAUCGGGCAGGGGGGUCAUUUUGGAGAAAUAAAGCCAAGGAUACGUUAGCUAACCAGUCUGCUAACGUUAGCUAGUUAGCUACCGAACUAAAGCGAACGGCAAUGGAGCCAAAGCACAAAGAGUUGUUAGACCAAUGCCACCAAAACUUGCUGGACUCAAUAACUGACGCAGACCGGCUGAUAGAGUUGCUGAUAAUCUCCGGUACUCUAAGCCAGCUCGACCGCUUCGAACUGGACCAAAACUGCUCUUCCAGCGCGGAGAAAGUGGACCAGCUUUUGAAGAUGCUUGUGAACAAGGAAAGCGACCAUUUCCUCGAACUGUGUGUGGCCUUGGAGAAGACGUACCCUGAGCUGUAUUCUGCACUCUUUACUAACGGCGGUGGACCCGUUGACCAUUCGUCUGGCUCUACAUACAGUGUUCUCUCCACCAUGCCCUCAGACUCUGAGAGUAGCAGCUCCCUAAGCAGUGUCGGUUCACCCCCCGGUACCGGUAACGGCUCAGCCUCGUCUCCGCCCCCAGCCCUCAACGACAACCGGCCAGCUGGUGACAACCUGGACACCAUCCUGUUCCAGCUGCGCCAGGUGACCCGUGAGAGGGACGAGCUCCGCAAGCGCCUGGCCCUGGCAUCACCCGGCACCACCUUCGACGACUGCAGGCCAAAUUCCAAAGCCAGCCAUGAUUACGAGCGUCUGAAAAACCAGUGUAUGAGGGCCAUGGCAGAUCUCCAGUCUCUACAGAACCAACACACCAAGACUCUGAAGAGAUGUGAGGAGGCCGUCAAGGAGGCUGACUUCUACCAUAUGCUCCACAGCCGUGUGUUCGGAGACCAGUCUCAGCUGAAGGAGGAGCUGGAGGUGUUGAGGAGAGACCACGCUCAGCUGGUCAGGGAACACAACCACCUGAAGCAGAGCUGUGAGGAGCUCCACAGGCUGCACAGUGACGACCAGAAGGAGGUGGCUGACAUGAGGCUGCAGCAGCAAGAGGUGAUGAGAGAGAACGGUUCCUCAGAUGUUCUCAACAAGCUAUACGACACAGCCAUGGACAAGCUGGAGGGGGUGAGGAAGGAACACGAUUCGCUGAGCAAACGCUACGGUGAGAAAGUUGCGAAUCACAACACGGACCUGAGCAGGCUGGAGCAGGCGGAGGAAGAGAACCGACGACUACAGAAACAGAUGGACACGUUGCUGAAACAACGAGACAAGGCCAUACACUACCAACAACAUUGCUCUACGUCCAUGAGGAGGUUUGACUCUGUACAACAGGAGCUGGACAAGUCUUCAGCCCAGAACAAGGUGCUGCAGAGGGAGAUGGAGCGGCUGCAGUCGGAGGUGAUGCGCUGUAAGAACUUCCAGCUGAAGGCAGUAAAGGACUGUGAGAAGUACAAGGAGGAGAGAGACUCUGUGUUCAACGAGUAUAGGCUCAUCAUGAGUGAGAGGGACCAGGUGAUCAAGGAGCUGGAAAAGCUGCAGACGGCGCUGGAGGCUGCAGAGGCCCGCAUCAAAAACACCUCUUCUGAAAGGAUGGUGGCCAGCGAGGAGACGGAGGCUCUCAGACAGGAGCUGAACUCAUCGUUGGUGGACCGGGAUAGAGCAAUCUGUGAGAGGAACGAGCUGUUGGAGAAGUUCUGCCACGAGGUGAAGGACAAGGCUGAGGCCCAGAAGGAGUUGAGCCAGGCUUGUAAAGAUAUCGAGGCGGUCCGGGAGGAGAGAGACGUGGCCCGCAAGGAGAGGACAGAAGCUAUCAUACAGAAAGAACAGCUACUGAGAGAAUACUACCAGGCUAGACAGAAACAAGAUUCUGCCACCCUGGACAUAGAGCGUGUCAACAAGGAGAUGGAGGUGUUGAGGAAGCAGUACGAAGCCAUGUCUCAGGAGCUGAAGGAGGCCACGCAGGAGGCUGAGGUGGCCAAGUGUCGACGUGACUGGGCCUUCCAGGAGAGAGACAAGAUAGUGGCAGAGAGAGAGAGCAUACGGACGCUGUGUGAUAACCUGCGUAGGGAGAGGGACCGGGCGGUCAGCGAUCUGGCCGACGCCCUGCGUAACCUUGACGACAUGAGGAAGCAGAAGAACGACUCGUCACGGGAACUGAAAGAAUUCAAAGAGAAGAUGGAGAGCCAGCUGGACAAAGAGGGAAGGUUCUGUCAGCUGAUGGCACACAGCUCCCAUGACUCGGCUAUCGACACAGACUCUCUGGAGUGGGAGACUGAGGUGGUGGAGUUUGAGAAGGACAGGGAUGACAUGGAUUUGAAGGCACUUGGGUUUGACAUAGCAGAAGGGGUAAAUGAUCCGUAUUUACCAGGAGAUUGUGGAAUAUUUGUGACAAGAGUUGACAGAGGAAGUAUUGCAGAUGGAAGGUUAAGAGUGAACGAUUGGCUGCUGAAGUUAAAUGAUGUGAAUUUGACCAAUAAGGACAGGAAGCAGGUGGUGAACGCGGUGCUUAAUGGAGGCGGACUGAUCAACAUGGUGGUGCGCAGAAGGAAGUCUCUGGGAGGGAGGCUGGUCACCCCCAUACACAUCAACCUAAUCGGACACAAAGACAGCGGUAUAGGUCUGGAGAGUGGCGUGUUUGUGACGGCCCUGGUCCAUGGGAGUCCUGCUACCAGGGAGGGAUCUCUGACAGUCGGAGACAGACUUAUCGCUAUCAACGGCAUCGCUCUGGACAACAAGUCGGUGACGGAGUGUGAGACUCUGCUGAGGAACUGUAGGGACUCUCUAAGCCUCUCUCUCAUGAAGUUCUUCCCUCACAGUUGGUCGGGCCAGAGCAUCUUCGAGAGCCUGCGGGAGUCAUCGUCCAACGGCCGUCUCUCCGAGGUACUCUCCAGGAAUAGCCUCAAACACAAGAGCUCCACACAGACAGACAUCUUCUGCCCCGACACAGGAGGGGGGGGUUGUAACGUCAACAUCCCUGGAGAGAGGAGGAAGGGCGGGGCAGGUGAACCUGAGGAAGGGAUGGGGGUGUACGGGGACAUCAGGAAGCCCUUUUCCAUGGGGUCUCUCCACUCAACCAGCCUUCGGCCGUCCUCUGACCUCGGUCUGGGUCCCCCGGGCCGCUACGGCCCCAGCGCCUUCCAGGAGUGCUGCUCUGGGUCCCCCUACGCCAAGGCACCCCCACCCCCCAUCACCUAUGACCCCUCUAACCCUGCUGACUGCAUCACCAUGGAGACCACCCUGGAGAGGAAGCAAAGUGGCGGCACCUGGCCUAAGGUGAUCGUAGGUGGGAUGUCCUUCGCCGUGGAUACGACCACAGCGAUGACUCCGACCCAACUGUCCAUCUUCAAGUCGCCCAAACAGAGGAAGUCCAUCUUCAACCCGGAUGCCUUCAAACCACGGCCUGAGACGACGCCCCAGUCUUCCAAGAUGGAGUACCUGUCGCCCAGUCAACUGGUGGCCCACUCCCCGCAGCCCUCCAAGACGGAGUCUCUCUCCUCCUCCUCUACGGUCACACCUCCGACUCCACCCACCCGCAACGAUUCGUUCAAACACAAACAGCAGAGCAGCUCUGCCUCCGACUGCACGCUUACCUCCGAUGGGGCCAAAGGGGAGGCUGUUUCCGUAGUUAAGGGGGAGAGCAGUGGGGAACGAGAAAGGGACAGGAAUGGGAACCACUACUUCCUGGACGGGAAGGUCCUGACACAGAGGAAGUCAUGUGACGAGGACAUUGGUCGAACCAGGGGUAGGGAGCCUGAGGUAAAGAGGCUCCGCCCUAAAUCUGCCCCAGCGCUCAGACGUAGGAUGACCCCCCAGUCCAUCACCCUGCCCUCCUUUCAGAGCUACUCCAAUGAUGAUCACUCUCCAGAGCCCAGAGAGAUGCUUCGCUCCUCCCCCAACCGCUCCCACAGACAGAGUGUGGGCUUCGGCACCACAGUCUACAACGGUACCUUGCCUGCAAAUUCGGCCCAUCGUGGCCUGGCCCCGUGUCCAGCAGUGACUGCUGUGAUAAGGAACCCAGUAUACACAGUCCGCAGCCACAGAGUCCACACCAACAACUGUCCCUCUGUCUCCUCCCAGAUCUGCCAACACCAGCACAACAACCAACACCACAGUCCGCAGCACCAGGGCCGUCUGAGCCUAGACCUGAGCCAGAAGCGUCCAGCAGCAGACUACUCAUCGUCCUCGUCACGCAGCAGCAGCACCUCCCAUGGUACCAACUCACUACCCUCCAGCGCUCGCCUGGGCCUUGGUUGGUCCAGUAACGUCCAGUACCGGACAGAGAGGAUAAAGAUCCCCUCCACUCCCCGCUACCCACGGUCCAUGCUGGGCUCUGACAGAGGCUCCCUGUCCCAUUCAGAGUGCAGCAGCCCCAGCCUCAUUACUCCACCCCACUCACCUCUCAACCUGGAGACUUCCUCCUUUGCCAGCAGCCAAUCACAGAGCUCUAUCUCCACCCUGCCCAGAAUCUCUGUCAGCCCUGUGACAGUAGGAGAGCGGAGUAAAGACCGGUCUCUGUACCGUAACAGGUCUUUUCUGAGGAUCCCUCUGGCUGCUAGGCCGAGGUUCUCCUCUCUCAGGAGCCUCAGGCCGUACCUGGAGGAACCUCGGAAUGUGAUCGUUCACAAAGGGGCGGAGCCUCUGGGCAUCUCUAUUGUCGGUGGCGAGAACGGCGGCAUCUUCGUCUCCAAGGUGACGGGAGGCAGCAUCGCCCACCAGGCCGGCCUGGAGUACGGCGACCAGCUCCUCGAGUAUAACGGUAUUAACCUGCGUAAUGCCACAGAGCAGCAGGCCAGGCUGAUCAUUGGUCAGCAGUGUGACACCAUCACCAUUAUGGCUCAAUACAACCCCCACAUGUACCAGCUGGGAAACCCCUCACGAUCCAGUUCUGGUCUGGAGCCGGUGAGCAGCCAGUUCACGUCCCAGGGCAGUGGAGCCACCACCCCAGACAACCACUCUACUAUAGACACUCUGAGUGAACAAGACGAAGGAACACUCACCCCCUCCUCCAAACAGACCACCCCUACAACUAGUCCUCACAGCUUCAUCAGGGUGUCAUCAGAGGGCAGUCGUAAGGUGUGUGAGCCGCGGGUGGUGACGGUGCGCAGGGCCCAGGGUGCAGAGCUGGGGCUGGGGCUGUGUGGAGGGAACCUCCGGGGGGUCUAUGUAAAGAGUCUGGAGGAGGACAGCCCUGCUAGGGGACCAGAGGGCCUGCAGCCUGGGGACCUCAUACUGGAGUAUGGGUCAGUGAAUAUGAAGAACAAGACGGUGGAGGAGAUGUAUGUAGAGAUGCUGAAGCCGGCCGAGACGGUCACUCUCAGAGUCCAACAACGACCUGACGACUUCAACAUGGUCAAAGACACACCGGGGGACGGCUUCUAUAUCAGAGCACUUUAUGAGCGGACUGCGGAGGCAGAGCUGGACCUGAGUUUUCAGAAGGAUGAUAUCCUCUAUGUGGAUGAUACUCUACCAAAGGGCAGCUUCGGCAGCUGGAUGGUCUGGCAGCUGGAUGAGAACGCACAGCGAAUUCAGAGAGGACAGAUCCCCAGCAAAUACAUGAUGGACCAGGAGUUCUACCGUAGACACAGUAUGACAGAGCUGAAGGACGACAAGGACAGUAAGAGUCUGUCUGCGGCCGCCAGGAGAUCCUUCUUCAGGAGGAAAAACAAGCACAAACGCAGCGGCUCUAAAGACGGCAAGGAACUGGUGGCCCAGGACGCCAUUAGCACAGACUCCAUACCAUUUCUAGAGGACUGUGUGAGCCUGGCGUACCAGCGGGUCCAGAAGGUAGUGUGUGUUUCCUCUAGGCCGGUCGUGAUCCUCGGCCCUCUCUCAGACCCCGUCAAGGACAUGCUGGUUAAAGAGUCCCCCGGGAAGUUCUGCAGAUGUGUCCUUGAGGUGAUGAAGGCAUCCCAGCAGGCUAUAGAGCGUGGAGUCAAAGACUGCCUCUUCAUCGACUACAAACGCAGGAGUGGCCAUUUUGACGUGACCACCGUGGCCUCCAUCAAGGAGAUCACAGAGAAGGACUGUCACUGUCUGCUAGACAUCGCCCCCCACGCCAUUGAGAGGCUGCACAGCGUUCACAUCUACCCUAUCGUCAUCUUCAUCCGCUACAAAAACGCCAAGCAGAUCAAGGAACAGAAGGAUCCAGUGUACCUGCGGGACAAGGUCUCUCAAAAACAUUCCAAGGAGCAGUUUGAGGUAGCACAGAAGAUAGAGCAGGAGUAUAGCACAUUCUUUACAGGUAUUGUCCAGGGCGGCACUCUGCCCUACAUUUGCACUCAGAUCAUAACUAUAGUUGACCAGGAACAGAGUAAGGUCCUGUGGACUCCCCUUGGCUGCCCCUAGAGGGUGGAGGCCACCACUGCACCCUUCUCCCCUAGAGGGUGGAGGCCACCACUGCACCCUUCUCCCCUAGAGGGUGGAGGCCACCACUGCACCCUUCUCCCCUAGAGGGUGGAGGCCACCACUGCACCCUUCUCCCCUAGAGGGUGGAGGCCACCACUGCACCCUGUUGCACUGCGCCUCUCCACUCACAACAAACACUACAAAACCUUCCACACUAUACCAAUAGGUACACUACAGUAAGCUACUACACAUGUAAGCUAGAUAUUUUUGUUAUUGUUUUCAGGGUGUUGAUUUGUACCUUUUUAACCAGAGCCUUUUCUUCUCUGUAAUCUGUAGCAGGUUGGUAGAACUGACAGGUGGUGUUACUCUUCAUUUGGCCUUCCCUAAGGGUUUUAAGGUGGUGUUUCUGUAAACCUGCAUUGUAAGCAGCCUUUUACAGUUAAGAAAUGAGUGUUGUUGUUAAAUGUUCUGCUGGAAUGUGUUAGACCCCCCCCCCCUGACCCAGAAUCAGCCCUUAAAUCAAACCUGUGUAUCAAAUGACAUCACCCUGUUUUACACACCCCGUUCAAUGAAUGACAACUAAUAAUGUGGAAUAAUAACUGUGUGUGCGUAUGAAUCGUGUGUGUGUAUGAGCGAGAGAGAGCGAGAGUAAUAUUAUUGAUGAAUUGUAAUGACUUUGUUGGUUGGAUUGAAACAUGGUCUUUGAUAUUGGUAUGAAGUUGACGCCAUAGAAACGUUACCUGUAGAACAGAUAAACCUCUCCAAGCGAUAUGUCUUAUUGGUCUUCUGUCAAAAAAUGUUUUACCCAAAAGAGAUUUUGAAUGGGUCAAAUCAAACAAUAUUUUACAGCUUUCAAUCAGACCAAACUUCAGUGUGCAUCACGUGUGUAACUGUGUCAAUAAAUUAAAUUGUGUGUCUAUAGCAAAGCAAAAGCCAUGAAAAUCACACAUGGCAGUAGCGAAUGUUGUCUGGUCUACUCGUUGCGUUUCUAUGGUCACUGCACGUGAGUGGACAGUUUACGGGCUUAUCGGAAGUGCCUUCCGUAGGAGACGGCCCCCAUUCCGAUCUGAUGGAACAGGAUAAGUAGAAGCAAUAUGGUGAUAGGACCUCCCCACUGCCCAUUGGAAGGCUAGCUAGAGCCAUCACCAUGCUGUUCACACCCAUCUGUUACCUUGAGAUCUGCAAACACCAUGAAGUUAACACUAGGGUUGCAAAAUUCCCUGUAGUUUCUUAAAUCCCAUUCGGAGGAUUCCCGGAAUCGUGAGGUGAUUAAGCAGGAAAUCCGCCAAUCAGGAUUUUCGGUAAACCAGGGAUUUUAUUGAAAGUUCACGGAAUUUUGCAACCCAAGUUAACACUAUAGUUCUGCAAACAAACCAAACUCGGUUCUGGGGCCCCCCCAGAGCUUGUUUUGGAAUGAAACAGUACAGAGCAUAUGACAAUUGCAAGGUUGUGAGGGUAGUCCAGACGGCGACCACCUCAGAAUACACUCCAGGGCUAGACAGACCACUGUGUCUCCAUCACAUAUCUAUCUGUCACAUAUUUAAAGACAAUAUAGAGAAUAUAUAUAUAAUAUGUUUGUGUGUGUGAGUGUACAUGCCUCACGGGGGCCUAUGGACUGUAACAGUAUGCAGAUUAAUUAUUCUAUAGUACAUGUAUUUCAACUAGUUCUCAGGCCUGUGGAAGUUCAGUAGUCAUGUCUUAGCAGGUAUUUGCAUGUUUUACUGUUUUUGUCUUUGGUUGUCACCUUUUUUAAAUGUACUCACAAACCAGAAUGACACCAUGGAGCAAAUAUAUUUUCUUUAUUCCUUAAUAAAACCAUUUAAAUGUUAGUGAUACAUUUUUUUCCAUUAUUUAAUGUAUUUUUUAUCUAAGCGGCACAAACACAUUCUCCUGCAUCCUAAUGUGCCAAAGUCCAGUACGUCAGUUUGAUCUUUUUUAUUUCUGUUUUGCACUUGUUAUUCUGUGGACCUUAACAAAUAGUUCCUAGGUUUCCCAGUAGACGUUAUAAAUGAAUAGGUACUAUCAUUUUUACUAACUAAUUCACAUUUUAAAUGUAUCACAUUAGUUCCAUACAUUUCAUUGAUGGCCUUUAUUUUUUAAUAAUCUUGAUUAGAAAACAGACAGAAUGCUCCUCCAUAUUUGCAUUUUUGCUGAAAAAGGGACUUAAUGCACAGUUUUUCAAAGGAAAAUCAGAUCUGAAGUUUGACUAUUGGGCUGUAUGAUCGGUAUAUUAAGUACAAUUGUAAUGUACCUUUUUGUAGUAGGUAGAGAUGGUUUAAAAUGUGAAAUGGUUGUAUUUCUAAGAAGAAUGACAAGCUGCCAGGUACUGUUCUGCGGUUUUAUUUUUAUUUUCUUUGAAAAAUGUGAUAUGUAUCAAAUGUUGAGACAUUAACAUUAGAAUAAAAGUCAUUUUCUCUAUCGCAAUGA